GCUACGAGAAAAGAAAAUCAGGACAUGACUCUUCUUCAUCUACAAGCAACAGUAGUACAUUUUUGGUGGUUAACUAACAAAUUAUGUGCUUUCGGUGCACAAUAUGCUUAUUAAUUAAGGUUUUCAUCUUAACAAAUAAUUAUUUUUCUGGUUAUAGAGUUUUGUUUUUUCUUUCUUUCUUCUUCUGAAGAUGAAGAUGCAAGUGGGAGCUUGUAGAUGUCAAUAAUUUUCCGUGACUAACUAGGUGACGAAGUCACUGAUACUGUAUGUAUUAGUCGUUACUACAUAAUACAUGCGGAGUAUUGGUUACCAUGUGGAUGCAAGAUAUGCUGAGAUGGAGAAGGAUAAACUGAGGGUUUAUGUCUUGACGUAAUCGUUGAAGAGGUUGUUGAGACAAUAUGUGUCAAAGAGUGAACCAGAAGGCAUGCGGAGUGGUAGAGACCAUGUGGAAGCAAUAAACUGAGCUGGCGUGGAAUAAACUUGAGGAACAAGUUUAUACCAUGGAGAAAAGGUAAGAGCUGAACUUGGGGAGCAAGUUUAUGUCUUGAGGAAUAAGUACAUUUUAAGAAAAAGGAAAGUGUACUUAUUGAUAUGAAAAUUGUCCAUAUCCAUGUUCAUUGGAGGCUAGGGUUUCAGGAACGUGGAGAUCACUAUAAAAGAGCUAUGAGUCGUGUGAAUUCCAUAAGACAUUGGCUAUUAUUAUAGAGGAAGAGUGAAAAUCCCUUAGGGGUGUUCUUGGGUCAUGCUGAAACAGUUGCUGAAGUACUGACGACAGAAAAACAAGUUUAGGUAGAUUAGAAAUCUUUCAGUAGCAGCUGUUAGGGUGUUAACAUGCUGUGUAAAGCUGAUAUGCAAAUAUUGUAAAAGAUUGUUUAGGCGAUUUCUAAUAAAGAAAUAGUUGGUUGCUUGUUUCUAUUUUGUCUCCUGAUUUAUCUUCUGCAUUACUCAAUUGUAGUGUCAUCUUUGCACUAACAUCUUAAGGUUUAGUGAUAUAGGUACUUACGACUGUUACCCUCUUUUGCUGGUUACACAUGUUUUUGUAAUGACUUUUGAAAAAGGAAAUCUUGUUCUUGCUCUUCCUCGUAUUACUAUUGUAGGUGAUGUUGGAUGGGCAUGUGGGUUCGAGAUUGUGAUUUCUUGAGCGGCUGUUGAUGUGUGAUUUUUUCGAUAGUUGUAUAGGCCAUCGUUUCAAGGUUUGAGGGUGUUUUUUUCUUGUUAAUUUGUGGCAAUUAAGUGUUUAUUCCUCUCAUACUUUUUCAUAAAUUUUUCUUUAUUCGUUAAGUUAAAAUUUUGGUCUUUUUCGUUUAGGUCUUUUUGAUUGUUAUGUGAUUUGUUUAAAUUAUUUUCUUGUACUUUUCGUUAUUAGUAUCUUUGUUUUCUUUUGUUAAAAAAAAAAACUUUGGUAUACUAUAUAAUUAGGUGAAUUUGUGAUAUAACCUUGGUUCUAAAAAUUGUUCUAGGCUUCACCUACGCCUCCGUCUAGGCGGCAAAUCAGUUCUAUCCGAAGCGAUUUUUUUAAAAUUCGAUUGAAAUCGAUCUAAAUCGGUUUUAAUCUGUUAAAUUAAGUAAUAAUGUGAAUAGUGGUUGGUGUAUUGAUGACAAUGACAAUAUUGUAAAUAAUUGAUGAAAAUGAUAGAGUAAAAUACUUAUUUUCGUAAAGAAAAACAUAAUAAUAACAUUUUCGUGAAUAAUCCAAAUUUUUGAGGUGAGUAAGAAAAUAAAAAUUUCAAAAAAAUCAUGGAUUAGUUUUGCAUUGACUUUAAGUUUUGAGUCAAUUUUGAAAAAAAUCCCUAUAGUUUGACUAUGGAUAUACUUAAGAUAUAAAAUAAGAAAGAGAACUAAUUACAAUUUUCUAGUCAAAAAGUAUUAUCAUUUAGAUAUGUGUUAUCUGUAAAAUUGUGUUUUGGUCAUAUAGAUCCAUCCAUAUAUAUCCAUAGUCAACUAGUUGACUAUAUAUAUGGUCAACUAUGUGACCAAAACACAAUUUCACGGAUAACACAUAUCUAAAUAAUAAUAUUUUUUUACUAGAAAAUUGUAAUUAGUGACUGAUUAGAAAAUUGUAAUUAUAUUAUUCUUAAUUAGCUAUAGAUACCAUCUUAUAGAUUACCUAUAAAUAGUUGCACACAUAGAUAGAUACAAGUAAACACAAGUAAAAGUUGGUCAUAAGAUUAAUUAGAAAAACGAUGUCUCAACUGAGAAGUGGCUCUUCACAAUGCUUAUGGACAAGUACUCUUUUCAUUGCGUUAUUGUCAAUGCCGAUGACUCAUGGGGCUAAUUAUGGAGAAGCUCUCACUAAGAGUCUUUUGUAUUUCGAAGCUCAACGCUCUGGAAAAUUGCCGCCGAACCAAAGAGUCAACUGGAGAGGAGAUUCUGCACUUAGAGACGGUUCUGAUGCCCAUGUUGAUCUCACUGGAGGGUACUAUGAUGCUGGAGACAACAUGAAGUUUGGAUUCUCAAUGGCGUUCACGACCACAAUGCUAGCAUGGAGCAGUGUAGAGAUGGAAUCGGAGCUUAAGACUUAUAAAGAGCACGACAACGUCCUUGCGGCUAUCAAAUGGGCCACUGACUAUCUCAUCAACGCCCACCCAGAGCCCAAUGUUCUUUACGGACAAGUGGGAGACGGCAACUCGGACCAUGCGUGCUGGAUGAGACCCGAGGACAUGACAACUCCCCGUCCUUCUUACCGCAUUGAUGCUCAGCAUCCCGGUGCUGACCUAGCAGGCGAGACAGCUGCAGCUAUGGCUGCAGCUUCACUAGCCUUUGCCCAAUAUGAUGCAGCCUAUAGCGCAAAACUUAUUGGUCAUGCAAAAGAUCUAUUUGAAUUCGCCAAGGCUUACCCUGGGCUCUACCAAAGCUCCAUAACUAACGCAGGUGGCUUCUACCCGAGCAGCGGAUACCAAGAUGAGUUAUUCUGGGCCGCGGCUUGGCUCCACCGUGCCACUGAUGACCAGACUUAUCUCGACUAUUUAAUGGAAGAAUAUGGUACCGGAGGUCAAAGGACUAUUUUUGCAUGGGAUGAUAAGUUCGUGGGUGCACAAGUCUUGAUGGCCAAGCUUGCACUCGAAAGGGGAGGAAACACCGGCGAUAAGUUGCAAGAUUUCAAGAAUAUGGCUGAGUAUUUCAUUUGCAACUGUGUUCAAAUGGGCUCCAAUAACGUUAAGGUGACUCCGGGUGGUUUGCUUUGGUUCUUGCCGUGGAACAACCUCCAAUACACCACCACCGCUAGCUUCGUCCUCGCUGCUUAUUCUAAGUAUCUUAAAGCCGGCAACACACCCAUCAACUGUCCCAGUGGAACUUUUCAAGCUGCUGAUCUUCUUUACCACGCCCGUACUCAGGUAGACUACAUACUUGGAUCAAACCCGAAGAGCAUGAGCUACAUGGUUGGAUUCGGAACCAACUAUCCAAAGAGUCCACACCAUAGAGGAGCCUCUAUAGUGUCGAUCAAACAGAACAGCACCGCCGUGACGUGCAAUGACGGAAUGAACAAUUGGUAUAACAAUCCUGCACCAAACCCUAACGUACUAACCGGAGCACUUGUGGGAGGACCCGACGCGAACGAUGCUUAUGGAGAUGCGAGGACUAAUUUUCAGCAAAGUGAGCCUGUGACCGUCACAGUUGCUCCAUUUGUUGGUGUUUUGGCCGCCGUUGCUUGAUCUUUCUCUCUUUUGUUAUGUAUCAUAGUAAAAGUCAUAGUAAAAGUCAUGGGUUGUGAUCGUUUACAUAUAGUUUUAAUGUGGAAUAUAUGUAACUUUGUGGCUUGAUAUAAUAAAAUAAUUUUAAAUAUUUCGAAA